CUGCCGGAAGUUGUGGUGAAGAGUGGGGCUCCACGGUUCUACGGGGAUGCCGUAAAUAGUAAACGAGAUGGAUGAGGACAAGUUGCGGCCGGGUCUGGACGCUUAUAGGAUAGUACGAGUUGUGGGCAAGGGGAGCUAUGGGGAGGUCAGCCUGGCCUCACACCGAGCAGAGGGGAAGCAGUAUGUGAUUAAGAAACUGAGUCUCCGCAACGCUCCUCGCAGAGAACGGAAAGCAGCAGAGCAAGAGGCCCAGCUACUCUCUCAGCUGAAACACCCGAACAUUGUGGCAUAUAAGGAAUCCUGGGAGGGUGAAGAUGGCCUGCUGUAUAUUGUCAUGGGCUUCUGUGAAGGUGGAGACUUGUACCAUAAACUUAAGGAGCAAAAGGGCAAACUUCUUCCAGAAAGCCAAGUAGUGGAGUGGUUUGUACAGAUUUCCAUGGCACUGCAGUAUUUGCACGAUUUACACAUUAUGCAUCGUGACUUGAAAACGCAGAAUAUAUUCCUGACCAAAUCAAACAUCAUCAAAGUAGGAGACCUGGGGAUUGCACGAGUCCUGGAAAGCCAGUAUGAUAUGGCCAGCACUCUUAUUGGGACCCCUUACUACAUGAGUCCAGAGCUGUUUUCCAAUAAACCGUACAAUUAUAAGUCUGAUGUGUGGGCCCUGGGAUGCUGUGUGUACGAGAUGGCGACUCUAAAGCACGCCUUCAAUGCCAAGGACAUGAACUCUUUAGUGUAUCGGAUCAUCGAAGGAAAGCUGCCUCCAAUGCCUAAAGAUUACAGUAAUGAACUGAGGGAUUUGAUUGGAACAAUGCUGAGUCGACAGCCGGAAAAGAGACCAACAGUAAGGCAGAUACUAAGAAAGCAAUUCAUCAAGCAGCACAUUUCUCUGUUCUUACAGAAAUCAAAACAAAAACAAGUUAAACGGCGGAAAAAAGUUGAAGAUUCCCGCCAUAAUAGUGUCUCGAAAGACGACCUGGAUGAGCCAGAAGUCCAAGCAGAAAAAUCUCCUGAUGGCAGAAAAAAGCAUAAAGUGAAUAAAGGAAAAAGCCCAGUAAAGACGAAAGCAAGCUGUAUUCCUCCAGUGGUUCCUGACCUCCCGCACAUGAACAAUACAGCAGCUUCUAUUUCAACUCUCAGCAAGGUGGAUAUCAGUAUCCUGCCCAAUGACAAAAGAGCAGCAUGUGAUGAGCAUUUGAUACCCGCGCUCCAGAAUGAUUGCAUGCCAGGUAAAAUGACACCAAGCAGUCCAGAAGAGAAGAAUAUCAAAGAAAAACCGAAUCCAGCGUUAAACUCCAACAUGGAAGAUAAAAUGUUGCCAGUAGCAUCUCCUGCUAGCAUGGAGGAUGAAGAAGACACCAUUAAACUUUUGCAGCCAGUGAUCACAGAUGACCAACAGACAAACCAGGAAUGUUUGGAUUCUACAGAAAAACUCCUUGAGGCAUUUGUACCUGUUACAGAACCCGAUGGAGUAGUGGCAAAAAUUGAAAUACAGCCCCAUAAUUCCGUAUCUGAGCCAUCUUUAUCCAGACAUCGAAGACACAAGAUCAGAGAAGAUAUGUCCUCACACUAUGAGCAGUCUCCUGUGGUUUGUCCAAGACCUCUACCUUCUCCUCCAGCCAUACAACAACGAGCUGCCAAUAGGAAGGGCACUUCAGCAGAAUCCGGCGGUGGUUCAAAACCUGACAUUGUGCUAUCUCAGGAUCAUCGACCUUUAUCAGCAAGAGAAAGACGACGGCUAAAACAGUCCCAAGAAGAAGUAUCGCUAUCUGCACCAUCCGUCAGUAUGGGCUCUGUGCAAGCUGUUAACAGAGGGCAAGCAAUACAUCCUGCCUGUCAGUCAUUGCCAAGUUUACAUGAGGAAAGGCAUCAUUCUGCACAUGGCUUUUCUGCUGAGGAUGAUCUAAGCUCUUCCACCAAUUCCACCAAGUCUGAAGGAGAAUGUAAAGAGAGAAAAUACUCAGACUCUGGAGAAAUGAACGAUCUUGUAAAUCUGAUGACACAGACGUUGCACAUGGAGAAAGACGACGGUCAAAUGCCACAAGCUGCUUGUAAAGAAUUCCGACUCAACAAAAGAUACCGAGAUACAUUAAUGUUACAUAAAAGAACAUCUGAGGAGCAAGAAGAUAUCUGCUUUCAAGACUUGGCGUUAGAUAAUUUAACAGUCCCAGAAAAAUUCCGCAGAAUGAUAGAAGCUUUGAGGACUGAUGUUGUGCAGGGACUGGGAAUUAAAGUUCUGGAGGCAGUGUACAACGUCAUGGAUGAGGACGAUGAUUAUCUAAAAGAGUUGCAGUUACAGAAACUCCUGGGAGAGAAGUACAGCAACUACAACCUGAAAGUUCGGCAACUUAAGUUUUUUGAAGAGAAUUCAAAAUUUUAAAUGACCAUACGUUUUGACACUUUUUUUUUUUUUCAAGAGGUCAUUUCCUCCCUGUGUUGAGGGAAUAUAUAAAUGGCAAUAUAUUUUAAUAUUGUCAGAUUUAUACAGAAUUUGUUGGAUGGCCGCAGAGCUUUUUUAUGAAGAUUUGUAAUGGACUGUGAAGUGCAUGCUGCGAUUGCACGCUUAUUUGACUCAACCUAU